AUGCUGAGGCCCGUGGAGUUUCUGAGUGCUGAGAGGGGCGAUCUGAUCUUUUCUGCUGACGUCUUGCAUGCUGUCGCCCAUGUGCGUUGGUCCAUUCAAGAGCCGAAGACAAAGCGGCUGGGGGCCAGGGCACAGCUGCUCGAAUCGACGAUGUGCAGGUCAUCCAACUCCUUUCGGCCGUCUUCGCUCGCCUCUCUCCCCCAGCCCGCCUCUGGCCGAUGGGGCAGGGAGGAUUCAGGAGUAGAUUUGUCGCCCUCUGUCGUGCGCUCGGCCUGCCCACAGGGAAAGGAGGAGGCCUCGACUCGGGUGCCCUCAGAGCUGGCGGCGCCACGGCACUUUUUGAAGCGACGGAAGACGGGGAAUUCGUUCGGUCUCGUGGAAGAUGGCUCCAGACCCGUACGAUGGUGA